UUUGGAUGUGUUUGUCAUGUAAAGCUGCAACUAUGGAGGUGUAGCGGCGUUAGUUUGUUGUCAGUAGCUAGGCGAUAUCGUCGCCAAACAUUUGCAACGAACAGUAUUGUGUUAAACAUUCCAACCAGAAUUAGUUUAUUAAUUUCACAAUGGCUAGCCGAUCCGAAAAUGGGAACGCGAAUGUUGAUGAACACAGCGUAGAGACACUGGCUGAAGUUUUCCGAUGUUUCAUCUGCAUGGAGAAACUGAGGGAUGCACACCUUUGCCCUCAUUGCUCAAAGUUGUGUUGCUACGUAUGUAUUAGACGGUGGCUAACUGAGCAGAGACCACAGUGCCCACAUUGUCGUGCCCCAUUACAUCUGCACGAACUCGUGAACUGUCGCUGGGUGAGGGAGGUCACACAGCAGCUGGAUACCCUGCAGCAGCAGGCGGCAGCUGUGGCUGCAGGGGCAGCGGCAACAACAGCAAACUCUCCUAGUGGAACUCUGCUGGGCAGGGACAGGUGUGAAACCCAUAAAGAGAAAUUAUCUGUGUAUUGUUGGACUUGUGGACGAUGCAUCUGUCAUCAAUGUGCACUGUGGGGUGGCACACACUCGGGACACUGCUUCAAACCACUUGAGGAGGUAUAUGAAUCACAUGUGCGCAAAAUCAGAGAUGAAGUGGCUCAACUGAGACGUCGUCUGAUGGAACUUAUAAGCCUCAUUCAAGAAGUGGAGCGGAAUGUUGAAGCAGUACGGGCUGCCAAGGAUGAGCGGGUGCGGGAGAUUCGCAAUGCAGUGGAGCUAAUGAUAGCACGACUAGAUGCACAGUUGAAAGCGAAGCUGUUGACUCUGGUAGGGCAGAAGUCACUGCUCACACAAGAAACUGAACAAUUAGAAUCAUUGCUGCAAGAAGUGGAACAUCAGCUUCAUACCUGUUCCCGUUCAGAGCUUAUCAGCUGUGCUCACAAUCUUUCUUUCAUGUUAUAUGCUGUGCGAAAAAAACCAGUUGCUAGUUUUGUCACAGCACCAGUGCCAGCAGACUUUCAGAGUGAAAUUGUUCCGGGGUAUGAUAGCAGCACCUUUGUCAUGCGACAAUUCACCCAACUGCAACACAAGGCAGAUCCUGUGUAUUCAUCCCCUCUCCAUGUCAAUGGAUUGUGUUGGAGAUUAAAAGUGUAUCCAGAUGGAAAUGGUGUUGUUCGUGGGAAUUACCUGUCAGUUUUUCUUGAACUCAGUGCUGGGCUGCCCGAGACAUCAAAAUACGAAUAUAGAGUUGAAAUGAUUCAUCAAGGCUCAGUUGAUGCUAGCAAGAAUAUUGUCCGUGAAUUUGCAUCAGAUUUUGAGAUUGGAGAAUGUUGGGGCUACAACCGAUUCUUCCGUCUCGAUCUACUUGCCAGUGAGGGUUAUUUAAACACAGAGAAUGAUACUCUAAUUCUAAGGUUCCAAGUCCGUCCUCCAAUUUUCCAGAGAUGUCGUGACCAGCAGUGGUAUAUCCACCACCUUACUACUGUGCAGAGUCAGUAUCUUGCUCAGAUUAAUGAACUGAAAGAGAAGUUAGCUGCUGAAAUGGCACGAAAUAAUAAUGCAACAGUGGCAUGGGCAGAAAGUGCUGUGACAUCACCAUCUGCUUCAACUCCAAGAGUGACUUCUACUAGCAGAAAUGUGGCAACAUCACCUGUCGCGUCACCACCUGCACAGCUAGGAAGAGAAUCAUCUGGAACCAGUACCAGUACCUCAUCUGCAAGAGGGAUGGCUGUGAAAAAUUCACCAGCAAAAUCUGCCUCGCUUCCAAAGCCUCGGGAGCCUCCAGUGCCAAUGUCUCAGUCAGCUCCAGAAUUAGCUUCUGUCAAUACUUCCAGCUGCAGUUCCAGUGAUAGUGAGCAGGACGUUAGUGAAGUUGACAUAUUCAAUGAUGAAUGUGAACACAAUGUAACAAUAGCAACAACAGAGGACAACUCAAACGAUGAAAAUGAUGUAGAUGAUGAGACAAUGUCAGGUGAAAAUGAUGUGGAGUACUCCCUGACCCAACCACUGUUGUUCAGAGAUCGUGAAACAACACCAAGUGGGACAUUAGGAACAGCAGGGAGAUCUAAGUCGUCUGUCUCGGAAAGUCUCGAAGAUGAAAUAAUGUUGUUACAUUUGUUUGAGAUGCAGGAUAGAAACAGCUCAAAUCUACAGGAACAGCAAGCAUUGUGGAACUCUUCUCUCUAUACUUCUGGUGGCAGCAGCAGCGGUGCUGCUAGCUUUUCCAGGCGCAAUGGGGGCAACAUGAGUGUUAUUAACAGUUGUCGAUCAGGUAGACAACCAUUGGCAACUGCAAGCAGCGUCCUUGAUACACUGCAACUGGACAUGGCCUGUAUAACAGCAGCCACUGACAAGUCACUUCCUGAAAGCCAUCACCGAUUGUCUGAACCAUCUGGUAUGGGUGGUGUGAACAGUUGCUCAACAACGUGCAGUUCUCUUGUGGAGCUCCCAAAUACGGGGAGCAGCAGCAGUAGUAACAGCACAACUGUUGUAACUGUGACAUCACCUGGUACCAACAGCAACCGAGCGAAAAGGCUCAUUAACAGUGGACCUGUAGCAGUGAGAAAUGAUGCAGCGCCUUCAUGGGUUGAACCAAUGCCCACAAUACCUCAGUUAUUUUCACCACAUCGUUCUACAGGCAACACCACGAGUGCCAAUGGAGUGACACACUAUGCAUCUGAAGAUGCCUCUUCAUCUAAUGAUCUUCGAGCUUUCAAUGAUCUUUUACAACAACUCCAAAGUAAUUCAGUUAAGAGCUGUCCUGAGAGCCCAAAUUCUGACACAGCUGUACUAAUGGCCAGGCUGAGCAUAAUUCCUGAGGAGGAGGAAACCAAUAUCAGCCAUGGCGUUGGAUGUGGGAAUUCUCUAUCUGAACAGCGUCUAACCAUGCCACCUGUGACCAUUCCUGCAUCACCUACAUCUCUUCCAAGGCAACUCCCUCGUAAUGCAACAAAUAUUGACUCAAUUACUUCAUCCUUCAGCUGGUCUCCCUCAUUUUUCUGUUCUCUGCAGCAAGUUGAAAGAGAACUGACUUCAUUGCGACAAGAACAUGAAGUUACUUCAAGGAAUCAGGCUGAAAAGGAAGAAACUAAGCAAAAGAAGGAAAAGUGUUUGAAUGACAAAUGUCCGGGAGAUCAAUAAGAAACAAGAACAUUGAAGAAUGGUCAUUUGAAAUGUCCUAGUGUAACACGUUUUGACUACAAGCUUUCCAAAUUUCUGGAAGCCUGCGGCAUAUUAUUGUCUUAUGUAAGAGCCAUACUUCCUUUUCAUCCCCUCUUCCCUUGACUACCCCCCCCCUCCCCCACUUUGACCCCAUCUCCCUUUCACUUAAUGUCUCACUCCUCUUCCUGGAAUCAACACACACACACACACACACACACACACACACACACACACACACACACACACACAGCACUUUUCCUUUGGUGAUUUUUCCACUGUGAGUAAUUCUGUGAUAGUGAUGGAAAAUGUAUUAAUUUAUUGUUCUUUUUUAUAUAAAUCAAGUGUAGAACAUUAUUUCACUUGAAUAUUUAAUAAAUAAUAUUUUUAA